AUGUCACUGCCGGGUAUUCGUUCUGAUGAUCAUCGUCGUCGAUGGGAUUUACGUGAAUAUGAAAAAAAAGCAAGUGAUCGAAUUGAAAAUCUUCGUUCAAUAAAAAAGAAACCACCUACAACAGAUGAAAGUGAUGAUGAUGAUGAUGAUGAAGAAAAGAAAAAAAGUGAUGAAAAAAAAAUUGCACGAACACUUCUUCAAGCACGAGAAUUUAAAGUUGAUUUAGAAUCUCGAUUAGGUAAAUCUGUUAUUGUUACAAAAGCUACAGCACCUUCUGAUGCAGGAGGUUAUUAUUGUAAUGUAUGUGAUUGUAUUGUAAAAGAUUCAAUUAAUUUUUUGGAUCAUAUUAAUGGAAAAAAACAUCAACGAAAUAUGGGUAUGUCAAUGCGUGUUGAACGAUCAAAUGUUGAUCAAGUACGAAAACGAAUUGAAUUGAAUAAAGCUAAACAAAAUGAAGUUGAAAAAGAAUAUAAUUUUGAAGAACGUAUGAAAGAAUUAAAAGAAGAAGAAGACAAAAUGAAAGCACAACGACGUGAUAAAAAAAAAGAAAGUAAAAAACGAAAAUUAGAUGAAUAUCAAACAACUACUAAUGAUAAUGAAGAUGCGGUUGAAGAUGAUAUGGCUGCAAUUAUGGGAUUUAGUGGUUUUGGAGGUUCAAAAAAAUAA